AUGGCUUCCAAGAUCCCCCCUCCACAGAUCCCACCGCCAAAGCCGCCGCCACCCCUAUUUGAUGUGUUGACGACUACGGCGGAUGACCUUCGCAAGCGUCUCGAGGCAGGAACCAUCACCAGCCUGGAGAUUGUAGAGUCGUAUCUCUCGCAUAUCGAGGCACACAACACCACAGGCGCGAAAUGCAGGGCCGUCAUCUCUACCCCUCCCAAAUUUCAGCUUAUCGCUUGGGCUACUCAGCUCAAUGAAGAACGCCGACGAGGGGGACGUGAAGGGCCCUCUCCACGGAAUACCCAUUCUACUCAAGGUAUAUACUUUAUUUUCCUCUCUGGUCUGCAUGCUACGUUGCUAAUCCGGACUUGCAACAGGACAACAUUGCUACUGACCCGCCUCUCGGGAUGCCAACUACCGUUGGAUCCUAUGCUCUCUGGGACUCCUGCCCAACGGGCAAUGGCCCAGUCGUUGAAAAUGUACGCCACGCCCUCCAUGAGUCCAUACCUUCUAACGAAAAUUGCUCAGUUGAUCAACUGCGGCCUCAUCAUUCUUGGGAAGGCUAACAUGACGAAACGUGAGUGGGUGGUCCGCGGUCGGGGGAUGUGCGAACCUGCGUAUAUCCCUACUGGUUACAAGAUCGGAGAGAAACCUCGCGGUGAAACUACACCUGCCAGCUCUUCGACUGGAUCUGCAGUGGGCGUCGCCUCUGGGUUCGCCCCAAUCUCUGUGGGGACCAAGACCUCUGGGUCCUUGGUAUCUCCCGCUGCUGUUGCAGCUCUAUACGCACUCAAGCUCACACCAGGCUCCAUCCCGAUGACUGGGGUUAUGGAAUUGACUGCUUGCUUUGACACGCUAGGCGCUUUUGGAAAAUCAGCAUUGGAUGUAGCUCUCGCCUGUGAUGCUCUUCUAGCCUCACACAGCGGUACGAGUCUGGCCUCGUCCGUGGCAUCUAUGAGGCUUGAGGACGUUUCAGUGGGCUUCGUUGACAUCGAAAAGUGGAGGUUGCCUGCCGGUACUCAGGUUGACGAUCCGAAGUACUUUGAGCAAACCAUAAGGAUCCAACUUGCUCAUACUUCACAGGCCCGAGAGUAUCAGCAAGCAAAGGACACGCUGCGACAGAGUGGUGUCAAGGUUGUCGACGCAUACAUCAUCCCUCCAGAAGAGUACAUGAUAGGUGAUACAAACGUCGAUGAUUUGAUGGACAAGAUCAUUAGCUACUGUCCGAACCAAGGCAGGCUCUCGGGGCUCGUCACGGAAUCGAAGCCGGAUGAGGAGGUUUUGGAGUGGCUCGAGGAGUGUAAGCGCUGGGCAGCCACGGAAGGAAUCGACAAAGUCACUUCAGAGCAAGGUGUGGAUGUCGUCGUGUGUUGCUCAGACAGCUACUUUGCAGGCGUCUCAGUAGCAGCGCGAUACCCGAUGGCGGCAGUACCUUUGGGGUACAUUGAGAGUAGCGGACGGCCAUACGGCCUCCAGCCCAUCGCCCCAGCCCAUCAGGAGGCGAAGCUGGUCAGGUUCAUGGCGGCGUGGGAGCGCGUCUUUCCGCCGAGACGGGUCCCGGAUCUGGAAGCUUGUGAGAAGGCGAGAACUGGCCGAUGA